GAAAGUGAAGCCGAAAGUAACUUUAUCAGGCACUCUCACUCAUCAUCUUUGGGUUCCGGGGUUUACACAUAACAAUGAGCAGUCAAGUGGAAGAUGUUUUGCGUCUUUGCUGCGAGGUCUCAGCACAAAAGAAGAUAAAAGCAGCAGUGAAGAACUGUCUGAAAGGAGCUGCUGUAGUUAGUGGUGUCGCAUUUGCAGGUGGACUGGUUGGAGGUCCAGCCGGUUUAUUUGUUGGUGGAGCUUUGGGAGGUGCCCUGGGAGGUUGGUUGACCAGUGGCCAGUUCAAACCACUUCCUGAGAUCCUCAUGGAGCUGCCUUCUACACAGAGGGACAAACUGUACUCUGAUGUAAUGGCAGUACUGGGCACAAUGGAAUGGUCACACUUUUCUGCACUGUUUGACCAAGUUAAUGGGAAUGCCUCUCUGUACCAGCAAGUGCUUGCUGCUAUUGUCGCAUAUACCAAAAAAGAGCUCAACGCUGAAGUGCAGUAUGGAGAUUGAUCACUGCAUGGUGAAUACCACCAGCUUAGUCAAAGCCAUUUUGAAGGCCCCAUCUAAUAAUUAUUUUCUCUUCCUUGUUUUGUUUCAAUCAACAAAUUUUCUUCUUCAAUAAGUAUGCUCUCAAGUGUAAGUGUAUUUACAUUUGACUUUGUACUAAAUAUGUUAAUAUUUUCAAAAACCAAAGAUGGUUGAAACACUAGGUUUACUUUCAGUAGUAACAGUAGUUCCGGCACUGACAUGACAAACAGAUUUAAAGGUGCACAUAGUCAUUUUUUCCUUAUUAAAAAAGCUGUAUGCCUUAAGAGACGAAUUGCAAUUUUGAAAUAUAUGUAGUAAAGCAUGACCACUCACAUUACAACACACACUCGCGUCAUAUCAGCAGGACCUGUACUAUGAAUUGACAACUUGUGAAGUAAAACAUAUAAAUUGUAUGUUGUCACUAUCUGGACAAUGCCAAAGCAGAACUUUACAACACAUUUUUGAAAUGUGUCAAAUAAACAUGACACUAUAAACGGUCUUUAGGAAAGAUAGUUUGUUCAUCUGGAGAACAAUGAGCACUGUAACAUACAUUUAAAUGCCAAAACACACACACACACACACACACACAUCUGGUGCAGCUAUCAUUAUCAUAGAGGACUCUCCAUAGACAUAAUGAUUUGUAUACUAUGAACUAUAGAUUCUGUCCACUAAUGCUAAACCUAAAUAAAAAAAAAAAAAAACAUAAUUUUGUAUGUUUUUUUAAGCAAUUUGAAUUUGGGGACACCUAGAAAUGUCCUCAUAAACCACAUUUAUAACAUAAUACCCUUAUAAAUAUCAGUUUGUAACCUAAAACCACACACACACACACACACACACACACACACACACACACACACACACACACACACACACACACACACACACACACCUAGUAGGCAACACAUAGUCAUUUAGUUGUUCUAUAUUCAAUUCAUUGAGUUGUUACAAUGAAAAAUGUUUGACGUGGUCUUAAUAUCUGCUUCUUUUCAUUUAUUUUACAUCCUAAUACAAUUUUAGCUUGGAUAUAUAGGAUAGCCUAUAUUAUAACAUGAGUUGUAAAAUGUUAGGCUACUUUAAAUAUUACGUUAUUUAUAAUGUUAUGCUAAAUGUAACUUUUACUGC